UCGUGGCACACCUCAGUUCCAGGCUUCUUCUGUCCGCGCCCCUUCAUUUUUCCAAAUUAAAGAUGGAAGUGAAGGGCACCUCAGUGUUUCUGACUUGCCCAACUCGGGCACCCGCCCGCCCCGUGAUGGGGAAAGGCAGCUCCGCGCUUCCCAGUUCUCCAACUCCGACAGCCUCCGGCGCCAUGACGGGGAAGGGCACCUCCCCGGUUCGACUUUCCCCAAUUCGGGCCCCCGCCCGCCCCGUGAUGGUGAAAGGCAGCUCCGCGCUUCCCAGUUCUCCAACUCCGGCAGCUCCCGUCGCCAAGACCGGAAAGGGCAACUCCGCACCCCUAAGUCACCGAAAGCGGUCGCUGAUCUCCGCCACGCUGGGGCAGGGCAGCCCCCCACCGCGCCAGGUGGACUUCACCCCUUUUUGUGGUGACAUAUUUGUACAGGGCACUUCUCCGCCCGCCAGAUCCAGUGCGACCCGACCCGUUGGCGCCAAGCCUCUGAAGGGCAGCUCUCCGCCUCGCCGUCCCCGGGAAGCACUCUCCACCGGCCGUUCUCCGCCCCGCAGGACUUGGAGCCCAUCUUCUCCAAGCGCGAUGGUGGUGCAGGGCAGCUCUCCGUUUCGCGGAGAACAGCCAAUGCCUUCUGCGGACGCCAAGAAGGCAAGAGGCAUUUUCCCGCCCCUUCCAGCCCAGGCGACGUCUUCUGCUGGCGCUUCACCUGAUAAGAGCAGCUCUCUGCUUCGCGCUGCACCGCCCCAGUCUUCUACCGGGAUCAUGGUGGUCAAGGGCAGCUCUCCGGGCUGCACAGCCCAGGCGACGACUCCCGCUGGCGCCUUUCUUGCAAACGGCCGCUCUGCCUGUCCCGGUUCCCAAGCAGCGUCUCAGGCCGGCGCCAAGAUCCUGAAGGGCAGAGGUGUCAUUAGCAGUAUCCGCACAGCGCCUUUCGCCGGCGCUAUGAUGCUGAAGGGCAGCUAUUCGCCAUGUGAAGCCGAGGCGAUGCCUGUGGACGCCAUGUUUGUGAAGGGCAGGCCUCUCGGCGGCGGCACAGACAGUGGUGUUGGUGGUGGUGGUGGCGCCCCUUGCCGCACCGUGCCUUCGCCCAGCACCAUGACUGUGAACUACAAUCCUCCGCCGCCGAGGAAGGAGGCCACGGGUUCCGUGUCCGCUAUUUGCCUCAAAGGCAGAGGGCUCCUCGGCGGGAUCCACAGAGCGCCUUUCGCAGCCGCUGGGCUAGUGAGGGGCCCCUGACGGCUUCGUGGGGUCCCCUGGCUCGGCCCAGGGCGCCGGGACAACGAGGGACUGCCGCUUCUCCUGCUCCGCCCUCCGGGGCGGCAAAGAACAGGUUCGUCGGCGGUAUGUACGGGCGAAGCUGCGGGCAGGCAGAGUCAGGGUCGGGCAUUCGGUCUGUCCUGCCCCCUCGACUGAGCCGUCCGGGCUAGAGCGCGUUUCACGGCGACCUAUGUGCGACCAGACCGUUGCUGCCGUUCCCCCGCGCUCGAACCCCGAGUUUGGUUUGUUCCCGCAAGCCGUUGAAAGAACUAAGGCCCACCGCUCCUUUGGGGUAACUGAAACGGAGCAUUGUGAACUCCGAGGGUAGGAAAUGCCAGAACCGGGAUUUGGACUCUUCACCCCGACGGCUAGUAACUGAGAGACUGGUGAAUGGCCAAGCGCCGUCAGAUCCUCAGUUUUCCCUCUUUCCAGUCGCAUUGUCAAGUUUUGGGAAAUGCGACAGAAUGCACUUGCAGCUGAGUGUGGUUUGGCUCACUGCUUCCAGGUCCUCCUGUGACACCGGGGUUGUAACUAACUGAGGGUUAAGACGGAGAGCACGGAAAAGGCCGGGCAGCGCUGGGACGCCCGAGGCAGCCGUGAUGUCCCUGGCCCUGAGUGUGUCCCACCAAAGCCCGGGCAUCUUGUCUGAGAGACAGCAUUGCCAUCUGUCCUGCAGAAAGUGGAGCACUGAGGGCCACUGAGAAACAGCAGCGAGGGGAGGUGGCCAGAUGGAUGAGAAGGUGGUGACCUCCAUGAGCCCAUGGGACCGCGACCUCUGGUCCAAAAAAGAACGGGUCCUUCAGUCGUCGGCUCAGAAGCAAUAGCUUCUGGUUGUUUCCACUAUUCCUGAAGUAGGAGGUAGUGACCUCCAUUAGCCCAUGGGACUGUGACCCAUGGUCCAAAAAAAGAAUGGGUCCUUUUGUCUGAAACCCUGUUUGCUUACGUUGCUGUAACAUUUUAUUCACCGAUGUGAUCUCCAUGAGCCCGUGGGACCGCGAGCUAUGGUCCAAAACGAAUGGGUCCUUCAGUGUUCGGCUCAGAAGCAAUAGCUUCUGGUUGUUUCCACUACUCCUAACGUAGGAGGUUGUGACCUCCAUGAGCCCAUGGGACCGCGACCUCUGGUCCAAAAAAGAACGGGUCCUUCAGUUGUCGGCUCAAAAGCAAUAGCUUCUGAUGGUUUCCACUAUUCCUAAAGUAGGAGGUGAGCAGGAGAGGAAGGGCAGCAGAGGGAGAGGGAGAGGCCCUUCCCACACAACCCUGCAGAUGACCCAGGGAGAUCUCCGAUGUUGCAGUGAGGAGCCCUUUCCUGUCCUGCUACAGGAGCAGCACGGAAGAGUAGCAAGCUCAUUGUUAGGAGCAUGGGGUGAACCCUGAGCCUCAGGGCUCUGCCCUCCCUCGCCUCCCACUCCCUUUUGUGCCCACUUCCUCUCAGGCAGUCACUUCUCCCUCCCCAGCAGCCCAGCUCCAAUGCUGGACUCGGCACUGACACGGGCCACACAUGAAAUAUGGAAAACACCUUAUGGUGGGAGUUUAAAUAAAAAAUGUUUAUUUUGCCAUUUGCCUAGAAGCAAAACUAGUGAAAAUUAAAGUAUAAAAAUAAAU